AUGCCAAUCGAUUAUUCAAAGUGGGACAAAAUUGAACUGUCCGACGACAGUGACAUUGAGGUCCAUCCUAACGUGGAUAAGCGUUCGUUUAUUAAAUGGAAACAGAGAGACAUCCAUGAAAAGAGACUGCAACGGAACACGGAAAUUAAGACUUUAAAAAUCCAAAGAGAGAUGUAUACUCAGUUGAACAAGAGAGUUGACUCCAUGCUUUCCAAGUUGGAUUUGAAUCAAAUUGCGGAUGAAUCCACACGAAACAGUUUUCUUGCCUCCAACUUUGAUGCCUCCGAGAAAUGUACUAUUGAAGAGGAUCAGCAGAAUAACCCAACUUAUAAUGAAAUGGUAGAAGAUUUGUUCACUCAGAUUACGGAAGACAUUUCUAAAGAAGGCAAAGAUGCAAAGAAUGGCUCGAUUAUUGUAGAUAAGCUGAAGGAACACAGAGCCAAGAUCGAUGCGGUGUUGAAAGAGAUUGAUCCUAAAUUGGACCAACUUCUACAAGAGAAAGCACUGCACAUUUCAAGUGAGGAUAUCCAUGAGGGAUUUGACAGUGUGAUCAUUAACAAAUCUGCAACCUCCAAGAUUGCUUCAUCUCGAUCGCCUGGAGAGACUGUAAAAACUACCACAAUUGAAACAAUCAAUAAUCCCCAACCAACAGUACCACUUCCCGAUAUUACCAAGGCUCCGUCUCAAGAAUUGAGCACUUUGGGUGAACUGGACGUUCUUGAUGAGACUUUAGAGUUUUCCAAGAUUGAUGUCAGUCAAUACCGAGCGAUUGCUCGUUUCUUGGAUCAACAUCCUUAUAUCAUUUCUGAACAACAACAACAAGCCUUGACAAUGAAGGCUUUUGAUGCACAACUUGAGGGCAACUCCCAAAGAGCCUUCCAAAUUGUUCAUCAGGCACUGGUCAUCCAAUACGUCAACCAAUUAUGCGGAGCUCGACCCAAAUCAGAAAUUCUUCCAAGCUACAAACCUCAGGAAACUGCGAUCAAACUGUUUAUAGGCAAGUUGACUGACAAGAAUCAUCCUGCAAGAAAAGCAUUUGAAGAAGAUGUCAAAAGAACCUUCACCCAUAUUUUGGAGAGAUGCAAAAUCCUCGCAGAAGAAAAUAAGGCUAUGGGUGAAGAACAAGUGGAACAAAUUCAAUUAAGAUCAAUGGAUGAAGGUACCGAAUUAAUGGUUACAAUUCCUCAGGAAAACACACCAGAAUAUGAAGCUUUCCUCAAGAUUCCAAAAGUCAUGCAGGAUGCGCUAAGAACCUCUUCAAUCGAUGAGGUCAACAAAGUAUUUUCCAAUAUGAGCGUACCUGAAGCCGAGAAGAUUCUAGAGCUUUUUGAUCAGUCUGGAGCCAUAUCAGUGGCUCAACUCUUAGAGAAUGAGGAGGAGUUUGACAAACUUAAACAUACGAUGGGUGAUCAAUCCAUAGAUCAAGAGGUUGAUAAUUUGGCACUGAACGAUAAGCCUAAUGAAGAGGCUAAGACAGAAGACGUAGUCGAUUAG